ACUCAUUCAUCAACAACACAAGUCCUAUCCACAACAUUCAUUGGUUAAAUCAUGGCUAAGGACGAGUGGUCGGCGGAGGAGGAACUGCAGCUCUUCCACGCAAUGGAGGGCUUGCGUCCCGUAGGCAUAAAUAAACAUUUCUACAUGUCCUGCAUUUCGGAACGCCUUUCGAAAUCGUUAAACCGGGAGAUGUCCAGUGAUUUGAUCUGGAGACAUUUGGGCACAAUGUAUAAGUUGAAGGAACUGGACAAUCUGGAGUGCUUACCAUUUCCGAAUGAGGAGAGGGAGUUUAGUUUGCCUGAGCAGGAUUACGCAUCGUUCGUGAGCAAAAAGACAAUUGCGGCCCACGUUGGCGAAGACACUUCCGAAACACAGCCACCAGUAGCCACAUCAGCUGUUGCUGUGUCAACAGAAAGUAGCAGUAAAGGAUCCAAGUUUGCAGUGGUACACGCAAACUCAGGGAAGGAAGGCGAUAAAAAGGCAUCAGCCAAAGUGUUGGAUUUGCCAAAGCGACCUGCAAAACGUACGCGUGGUUCUAUGUCGAAUGAAUCUAUUAGUCCCUCAACCACACCUCCUCCGAUGCAAAGCAACAAGCGUCGUCGUAUUUAAAAGACAUUGCUCAAGUUAAUAACAAUUAGUUUUUAUUAGUAGAAAGUAAACCACAUGACCAAAACUUUGAUUUAUAAUGUAAAUAUAAAAGCACUAAUCGUCAAAGUC